AGUAUUUGGGCCACAAUUGGUCGCAACAAACUGUGGACACAAUAGGCUUCAGACGAAUAACCGGAGGUAUGACUAAUCAGUUGUAUUACUGCGGAAUCGCUGAGCACUCGGCCACCAGUAGUGCCCCUCAAGAGGUGGCCGUCAGACUGUAUGGACCCAAAUAUUUCAAUAAUACCGAUCACGAGGGCAAUGAAAGACUGAAGGAUACUAUCAUUUCACUCAUGAUCUCCGAGAAUAAAUUGGGACCAAAAGUAUACGGUUUGUUUGAACAUGGACAGAUUCUCAAGUAUUAUCCACACCGGCAGUUUCGGCUGAAGGAGCAAAACAACCCGAAACUGGCGGCUCAAGCGUUCAAGAAGUUGGCCGCAGUUCACGCCAUGAAAGUUCCCAUUAAAGUGAACACAAACUGGAUUUUUGAUGACUUCCCCAAAUUCUACGAAACGGGUUAUAAGAAGUUUCCAAUCAAUCAAAUGAUUGAUGAAUUAAAUUGCGAGACAUUGAAGAAACACGAUCUCAAAGAAGAGAUGCAAUGGUUGUUCAAUGCAAUCACCAAAAGCAAGUGUCCGAUAGUGUUUUCUCACCACGACUUCAGAGGCAGUAAUAUAAUGAUUACUGAACCCAACGAUGAGAUAAUUCUUUGCGAUUUCGAGUCUUCUAGUUAUGGUUACCGAGGCUCUGAUUUCGGGAGUAUAGCUCUCGAGUGGGGCCGGGAUUCGAGUGAAUUCGGCAAACCUUAUAGAAAAUAUCCAAACGACGAGACACUCAAAGCACUUAUA